AUGAUUAUCUUAAUUAUAAUCAAUUUUUCUCUUCAAUUCAUUUUUUCAACUACAGCAACAGCAACAACAACACCAGAUAUUUCUAAUAUUCGAUAUAAUUCAUUAAUUUCAGCCCAGUGUAAAGCUCGCUGUUUAUAUGAAUUUCGAAACCAUCAUCACCAACAACGAUCGCUACCAACUAUAUUCAAUAAUGGAAAAACGAAAAGACUACUGACGACACAUGCACUAACUUUACCAUGGCGAUCCAUCUGGAAGCGUUGUCCACGCCUUAUCACAUGUAGCUCGUGCUUACUCCCAUGUGACUUAGAUCCGCCACUUCUCUUGUCCAAUGAAGAAAGUUGUCAAGCAAUCUGUUCUACAUUACGAAACGUUGAAUGUCAACGGAGUUGUAUUUUUAUUCAAAAUCUUUAUCAACAACAAUCCAAUUGUGUGACAGAAGAUUGCCAAUCAUCAUCAUGCUCACCAACGAAUGAAUGUUUCGAUAAAAUACCUCAACCAAAAAAUGUCACUGCUAUUGAGCGGAAAAGUCGACGAACUGUGAAACUAAAAUGGAGUUCAACGCAGGUGACAAAUAGUGAACCUAUUUUUUAUGUUAUUGAAGCACAAUGGACAUUGCCAAAAAAUGGCAUCAAUCAAGAAGACACGGUCUCGAAAUGGGGUUUCGUUAAAGAAGAAGUGUCGCAUACGAAAGCAAUUAUAAGAAAUAUUCAACGAGAUAAUCGAUGGUAUACUUUUCGUGUUGCUGCUGUAACACGACUUGGCUAUUCAUCCUUUUCAACAACAACGAAACCUUUUCGUUUAAGUUCACAAAAUGAAUCACAGAAAUCCUCAUCAACGGUAGCAGCACCGAAGAAUUUCUUAUUAAAAGAUUUUCAAUUAGAUUCAAACACAAUUAAUGUAACUCUUAGUUGGCUAAAACCAGAUUUUCCAAUCUAUGGAUAUCAGAUUUCUUGGGAGGCACAGAAUGAUCCAUCUCUACUUGUAAAUACAAUUGAUAUUUCUUCAUCGUUAUAUCCAUUAGAAUUAACUAUUCCAUUGCUCUCGAUGCAUACAUCUUAUAUUUUCAAAAUUCGUUCGCUAAUGAUUCCCGAUGAUGAUCAAAUACAAAUGAGUGUACCAGUAUCAAUAAAAUUUAAUUAUGAAGAAGAAUUAUUUUCGAUAAGAAAUUUUUAUCUAUCUGAACCAUUCUAUAUAAAUGGUUCAAUUAAAACCGAUAUAUCGUGGAAUAAAAUCAAUGAUUAUCGAAUUCAACAAUAUGAUUUACAUUGGAUUGAAACUCAAUGUUAUUCUGACGUAUCACCAUGUUGUUAUCGACGUGAUGCUGUAACAAUAGAAAAUUUCUUUCAAUUAGAUGAUUUGCGUUUUAAUUGUACAUAUGUAUUAACUAUAGAGCCAAUUAUAUCAAAAUUACGAAUUAAAAAAUCUUUUCAAUUUUACUUUAAUGUUAGUUCUUGUCAAUCAAUACAGAUCUAUGGAACUAUUCAACCUCCAUGUCAAAUAGAUGAAAAUUCAAUUAUUUCAUCUUUAUCACCUUUAAAUCUUGUUGUCAUAAAAAAUGAAUCUGGUAUUCAAUUGUAUUGGCAAAAUAUUCUUCCAUUAACUCGUGAUGAUAGUGGUAUUGUCUAUCAAUUACGUAUUGAACAGCUGCCAAGUCAUAUUGAACUUAUUUCUGUUGAUCUUUCGUCUACGAUAACAAAUUAUUUUUUACCCUAUUUAAAACAGCAAAGUGAUCGAUAUCUUAAUGUGACAUUAACUUUAUUAGAUAAUUUAAUCAUUCGACAAGAAAAAUCGAUAGUAAUCGACGGUUAUCAGAAUAAUAAUAAUAAUAAUCAUUAUUAUAAUAAUCGUAAUAGUCGGUUGAAAAUCGUGUCAUCAUCAGCAUCAAGCAAAAAUCAAAUGGAAUAUUUUCUUUUAUUCCUUUUAUUUAUUUCUAUUGAUUUAAUACGACGAUAA